AAGUGACGGCUUAUAUAUGGAGAGACCACAUUUCGUACAGCAUCAUUCUACACAAGUAAGGAUUUGAAAGAGACAAAAGAUAUACAGGUUGCUCCAAGCGUCUUUUACCGGUAGAGGAAACUCAAAGGCCGUUAAUUCAUUGGUUGAACUUCUGUUAAGAUCCGCUUGUAGAUAUAAGUACAAACAAAGAUGAAGCUGUUCUGGGUUGUGAUGCUGGUGGUCGGCACAGUGUUUGCCGCCGACGAUGAAGACAAGAAGGACAACGUGGGGACUGUGGUUGGGAUUGAUCUGGGGACCACAUACUCAUGUGUUGGAGUGUUCAAGAAUGGACGCGUGGAGAUUAUUGCCAAUGACCAGGGAAACCGAAUCACCCCCUCCUAUGUGGCCUUCACCAGUGAAGGUGAGCGUCUGAUUGGUGAUGCUGCCAAGAAUCAGCUGACCUCUAACCCUGAGAACACCAUCUUUGAUGCCAAGAGGCUCAUUGGUCGCACUUGGGGUGAUCCUUCUGUGCAGCAGGACAUCAAGUACCUGCCCUUCAAGGUUACUGAGAAGAAGAGCAAGCCCCAUAUCCAGGUUGACAUUGGUGGUGGCCAGAUGAAGACCUUUGCUCCUGAGGAGGUCUCUGCUAUGGUGCUAACUAAGAUGAAGGAGACUGCUGAGGCUUACCUGGGCAAGAAGGUCACACAUGCUGUGGUCACUGUCCCCGCCUACUUUAAUGAUGCCCAGCGCCAGGCCACUAAGGAUGCUGGUACCAUUGCUGGUCUGAAUGUUAUGCGAAUCAUCAAUGAGCCAACUGCUGCUGCUAUUGCUUAUGGCCUGGACAAGAAGGACGGAGAGAAGAACAUUCUUGUGUUCGAUCUGGGCGGUGGCACCUUUGAUGUCUCUCUUCUGACCAUUGACAACGGUGUGUUCGAAGUGGUGGCCACCAACGGUGACACUCAUCUGGGAGGUGAGGACUUUGACCAGCGUGUCAUGGAGCACUUCAUCAAGCUGUACAAGAAGAAGACUGGCAAAGAUGUGCGCAAAGACAACCGUGCUGUGCAGAAGCUGCGUCGUGAGGUCGAGAAGGCCAAGAGGGCGCUGUCUGCCCAGCACCAAGCCCGCAUUGAGAUCGAGUCUUUCUUUGAGGGAGAGGACUUCUCUGAGACCCUGACUCGUGCCAAGUUUGAGGAACUGAACAUGGACCUGUUCCGUUCCACCAUGAAGCCUGUACAGAAGGUGCUGGAAGAUUCUGACUUGAAGAAGUCUGACAUUGAUGAGAUUGUCCUGGUUGGAGGCUCCACCCGUAUCCCCAAAAUCCAGCAGCUGGUGAAGGAGUUCUUCAAUGGCAAAGAGCCAUCUAGAGGCAUCAACCCUGAUGAGGCUGUGGCAUACGGAGCUGCUGUGCAGGCUGGCGUGCUUUCUGGAGAGGAGGACACUGGUGAUGUGGUUCUUCUGGAUGUGUGCCCCCUGACCCUUGGUAUUGAGACUGUUGGAGGAGUAAUGACCAAACUGAUCCCCAGGAACACUGUGGUGCCCACCAAAAAAGCCCAGAUCUUUUCUACAGCUUCUGAUAACCAGCCUACUGUCACCAUCAAAGUUUAUGAAGGUGAGCGUCCUUUGACCAAAGACAACCAUCUCCUGGGUACCUUCGACCUGACUGGCAUCCCCCCUGCUCCUCGCGGUGUACCUCAGAUUGAAGUCACCUUUGAGAUUGAUGUCAACGGCAUUCUGCGUGUCACUGCUGAGGACAAGGGCACAGGCAACAAGAACAAGAUCACAAUCACAAAUGACCAGAACCGGCUAACGCCCGAGGACAUCGAACGCAUGGUGAACGACGCCGAACGCUUUGCUGACGAAGAUAAGAAGCUGAAGGAGCGAAUCGAUGCUCGCAAUGAGCUGGAGAGCUACGCAUACUCCCUGAAGAACCAGAUUGGUGACAAGGAGAAGCUUGGUGGCAAGCUGUCAGAUGACGAUAAGGAGUCCAUUGAGAAGGCAGUGGAGGAGAAGAUUGAGUGGUUGGAGUCCCACCAAGAUGCUGACCUGGAUGACUUCCAGGCCAAGAAGAAGGAGCUUGAGGAGGUGGUUCAGCCCAUUAUCAGCAAGCUCUACGGUAGUGCAGGUGGUCCUCCACCAGAGGGCAGUGAGCAAGAUGAGAAGGAUGAGUUGUAGGCAGGUCUGAAGUCUUGUCGCUCCUUGGCCCUCUGGCAUGUUGGUGUACAUAUUGGACUGAUGGGACUCAAAUUGUGAGAGGAGUGGUCGGGAAGGGGCUGACAAUAACAAGUGACCAUACUGAAUUUCCUGAAAGACUUUAAAACAAGUUUCAGUGUGUGA